UCAGCAAUUAUCGUUUCUUUCCACUAUUGCUAAUUCGUCGUCUUCGCCCGAAGUGUUUGUUUUAGCGUCGCAGUGCAAAUUGGCUUCCGAUGAGCCGUUACUCGAUUCAUGGGACCUAGGACUCGCGCUAGUCUUUCUAACUACAAUGAAUCCGUGUGACCCGGGUCUGCCCCCGUGCCCGCCCUGCCCACCGACUCCAUACCCGCCGUGCCCAACAGUAUGCCCCCCGCCCCCGCCGCCGCCACCCUGCCACUCCAGACCAAUAAUGCGUGGUCUGCACUGGGCUCAGACGAAGCGUAAGAUAGCCCAAGCCCUGUUGGCGUCAACACUAGCUGGACUCUGCACCUACGUCUUCUUAGGGAAGCGUAGGAGGGAAGCCUACGCGGACUUCUAUUGUAAAGGUGAAUUUGAAGAUUGGGCUGAUGAAAUGGCGAGGAAAGGACUGUUUCAAUCAGUCCCUGCUGAAAGUCUAAAAUAGCAGGAAGAAUUAGAAUACUUAUAUGUUUUCGACUUUAAUUACUUUAUUGCUUGGAUCAAUUCAUAUGAUUAGAUCUUGUUGUAUGUAAUUAAAUCACUAGAAAGUACAAAUCGUAA